AUGAGCGCACCGUCCGUGGGAGCGGGCGCGGCCAGCUCGCCGCGACACUUUGCCGUCGAGCACAUGCGCCCCAAGCACAGCUUCGUCGGGUGCUCUCGGAUAGGAGACUUCGAGGUCCUGGGUAAGCUGGGAGAGGGCACAUUCGGCGAAGUCCACCGCGCCAGAUCCAGGAAGACCGGCGCCCUCGUGGCCCUGAAGAAGAUCAUAAUGCACAACGAGAAGGAUGGGUUCCCCAUCACGGCACUGCGGGAGAUCAAGCUCCUCAAGCUCCUAUCACACAAGAACGUCCUCAGGCUGGAAGACAUGGCUGUUGAGCACCCAGCGAGGAGCACCGACAAGCGCAAGAAACCCGUCGUCUACAUGGCCACCCCGUACAUGGACCACGACCUGUCGGGCCUGCUCGACAACCCCUCCAUCACCUUCACCGAGGCACAGAUCAAGUGCUACCUGGUGCAGCUUCUCGAGGGCCUCAAGUACCUGCACGAGAACAAGAUCCUGCACCGAGACAUGAAGGCAGCCAACCUCCUCAUCAACAACAAGGGCAUCCUGCAGAUCGCGGAUUUCGGUCUCGCCAGGCUCUACGACGAACCGCCCCCGGUCAAGGGACGGGGUGGUGGUGAAGGUCGGCGCGACUACACUAGCCUGGUGGUCACGCGCUGGUACCGGCCCCCGGAGCUUCUGCUACAUCUUAAGAAGUACACCACGGCUAUCGAUAUGUGGGGAGUUGGCUGCGUCUUUGGAGAAAUGCUCUGGGGGAAGCCAAUCCUGGCUGGUGAGAGCGAUCACCACCAACUCGAGAUCAUCUUCGACCUGUGCGGCACACCAACCGACGACAACAUGCCCGGCUUUCGACAUCUGCCCGGGGCCGAGGCGAUCAAGCCUCGGGCGCGACCCGGCGACCUCGGCCAUCGCUUCGCCAAGUACGGAGCUGGCGCGGUCGCCCUCCUCAGGGAACUCCUGCGGCUCGACUGGAAGAGGCGCAUCAACGCGAUCGACGCCCUCGAGCACCCGUACCUGCACACGGCCCCGCUGCCGGCGCAGCCCGGCGAGCUGCCCGUCAUGGAGGAAAGCCACGAGCUCGACAGGAGAAAGUUCCACGACCGCAAGGCGGCGCUGCCCCCCGCUCCCAAGGGGGGUACGGUCGGCCGCGGGCCGCAGCCGCACGACGGGGCCGGAAACCCCAGCUUCAACGGUAACGACUACGGCGGUGGGCGCAACGGCGGCAUGAACGGCGGCCGGUAUCCCCCUCCGCCACACCGGAACGGCCCCGGACAGGGCGAGAGGAUGCCGGCGUGGGGGCGGGGCCCGCACGCGCUCCCACCACGACCGCCGCCCCCGGUGGAUAGCUACGGCAGCGGCGGGCCGGAGGGGUAUCUGGACGGUCACCGAGACCGCGACCGCGACCGCGACCGCGACCGAGCGCCGAGAAACAGACCGCCCGUCGCCGGCAGGAGCGACGUCGACACCUACAUCCCACCUUAUCGCGAGCGUGAGCGCGAGCGCGAUCGGGAUAGGGACCGGGACCGCGAUAGGGACCGCGAUCGAGACCGCGAUCGACCGCCGCGUGACCGCCGGUAUCGCAGCCGAUCGCCCGGUGGUGGUGGUGGACGGGGGCCUGACAGAGACUGGGACUACUCGAGAGAUCGCAGAUAG